AUGUCUGCCAACACCAUCCACGUUUCCGGUAUCUCUCAGACGACCACCGAGUCGCAUCUCAGGGACUUCUUCACAUUCUGCGGGAAGAUCAACGGCAUCGAGUACGACCAAGAGAAACAUUCGGCCAAGAUCCACUUCGAGAAGCCAUCCGCGGCCAAGACCGCGCUCAUGCUCAACGGCGGCACCCUCGACGGCGCCCACCUCACCAUCAUCUCCGACGUCCAGGACGCCGCCGCCGCCGCCAAAGAGGCCGAAACUCACCACACCGGCGAGCACAUCGACCAGGCCGACAAGCCGCGCGCGGGCAUUGCCGCGGAAUACCUCGCGAAGGGUUACACGCUCUCGGACCAGAUACUCCAGCGCGCGAUCGAGCUCGACCAGCAACACGGCAUCUCGAAUCGUUUCCUGUCGUACAUCCAGAGCCUUGACACGACUCUUGGCUCGAAGGUACUAGGGCCCGAGAAGACGCUGUCCGGUAAGGCGCACGAGACCAUCCAAACCGCGGCGCAGCAAGCGAAGGCCGUCGACGAGCAGCGCGGGAUCUCCAGGACCGCAACCGACUACUACGCGAAGGCGCUUUCGUCGCCGUUCGGACAGAAGGUCAAGGCGUUCUACACGUCGACGUCCAAACAGGUGCUCGACAUCCACGAGGAGGCGCGCCGCAUUCACGAAUCGCACAAGGCCUCCACGCACGGCGCGACGCCUUCCUCCACCGGCGUCGGCACGACCAGCCCGCCCGUCGACCCGAGCGUCCAGUCGGUGAGCACCGCUGGGGCCGACGCGUCGACGACUGGGGGAGCGCCUAAGACUGCGGAGGCACCGACCGUUGUUUGAGAAGCCUGAGGGAUUUGCAAAGGAAUAUGGGACGUACUGUAGGAUUUACGCUGUAUCGUAUCGGGCUUGUCGAUUCCCUUGGUGGAUGUAAUACAUCGUGCUUCCUGUCA